AUGAAGCUAAAGCAGGCUAAAUGGAUGCUUGACGGCAUUCAAGGAUUUGAAAAGCCAAAGAUAAAGCACGAGCAGUACAUGACGCCCUCAGAGCUUGCUUGUUCUGUGGCGCACGUGAUGGCCGUUGAAAACGAUGAUGUGCGCGAUAAGAAAGUGCUAGACUUGGGAUGCGGAACGGGAAUGCUCAGUGCUGCAGUGCUCUUGUAUGGAGCGCGGGAGGUUACAGGCGUAGACAUAGAUAGGGAUGUAGAAGAAAUAUACAGAAGAAACUUGGAUAAAGACUUUACUGAAAAAUAUACAUUUGCUAAUUUGGACAUAGUAAAUGACGGGCUUGGAAGUGUAGAAAGAUGCGACACAGCAGUUAUCAACCCGCCAUUUGGAACGAAGAACAAUAGCGGAAUAGAUGCCCUGUUCUUGGAGAAAGCCCUAGAGAAGGCAGACGUAGUGUACUCCAUGCACAAAAGCAGCACGCGAGAGUAUUUUAAAACAAAGUACGAGGGGAGAAUAAAAGUCUUGUCGAAGAUGUACUUUGAGCUCAAAAAAACAUACAAGUUCCAAAAAAAAGACGUUGUGCAUAUAGAGGUUGACCUGAUAAGAGUGUGGAAUGUUUGA